GCGGCUUACAUAACGCACGCCGCGCCGCGCCUGCCUCACGGCGCGCUGCUCGCUCGCGUGGGAUCGCUCUCGCCGCCAUCUCCCUCCGUCUGCCGUGCUUCAGCCUCAUCUCUCUCGCCGCUCUGCAUCUCGGAGCUUGUCCCGAUAUUCCUGAAAUCUGCCCUGCUGCUUACCACUAGCCACGCGCCCAGCGCUGCUCUGCCUCUGCGCUUCGCCGCCACCAGCCGUUCGCCACAAUGUCCGCACGCUCGCAGGGCAGCAGCGCCACGGCGGCAUCCUUUUUGCGCCACGUCCACUGCGUGCUGUGUCGACGCCCCCGAGACGUGCCAGCCUCGGCCAGUCCGGCUGUUCCGCCUGUCCCGUUCUGGCUCACCAGCUGCGCGCACAUACUCUGCCAGACGUGCGCGUUCCCCUCCGAAGGCGGCUCGGGCUCGGAUCGUGACGCGCAUACAUGCGCCGCCUGCCGCACGCCGGGCGUCAAGAUGAUCCACCUGACCGACUCGCUGCCUGCCUCCGUCGCGCCGUUCUUUCGGUCUCUGCCUUCGUCGCUCGAGGAGCUCAUCGAGGUGCACACGUUUCAGGUCUCGCACAUGGGCCAGCUCAUUGACUUUCUCCGCGCGCAAAUCGAGAAGCAAAAGACGGUCCUCAAUCGAGUGCGAGAAGACCUGUUAGCGUCGCGGGAGCUCAAGCGCACAAACGAGGCUCUCAAUCGCGAGAUCGAGCACCUGCGCGCUCAGCUUGGCAGACGCGACGGCACCGCAAGCGAGACGGCUGCCGGCACGCGCCGAAGGGAGGAGUGGGAGGAGCCGGCUCAAGUGGCUGUAAUGGGCGAUGAGUCGUUCAGCUUCCAGCAUCGCACGCGCCGUCGCUCCGUGACGCCGCCGGCUCUCGACCCGCCGCAGGGACUGCAAGCCUACGCUGCGCCCUCGCACGCUGCAUCCUCGCGCACUGCAACACCCGCUCGGCCAGAGCGCAUGACCAUGGAGCCGGCGCGGCCGCCGCGCCUGCUCGACCGGCGCGCACCGACUGCAGCGCUCUCGGACGGGGCUCGCAGGCUGCACACAGCCAGCGUCGACAGCCCCAUGCGCUUCGCCUACGCUCCGGCUCCCGACACGCGCGCUCGCGGCUCAUCCGCGUCGAGCGCGCAGCAGGGCGACGGCCGUUUCCAGGCCGAUCGUCGAGGCCCUUCGAGCUACGUGCCGCAAGCGAUGGAGAUGCCACGUCCUUCCCGCGGCAACACCGCGAUCCGUCCCAACUUUGGCCACGCCGCACGCGGCGGCACGCCGCCCCGCACGCCUUCCCUCGGCGCGAUGGCUCAUCUCGCGCCAACACCGUCGAGCAACCGGCGGCCUUUCCUGCCGUGACCCACCGCCCGUCCUUCAGCCUGACCCGAGCUAAUGUAUCCCGCUGCUUCGUGGUUGCGCUCGGGAUCAGUAGAGUGAGCCUAUUAUGCGGGUAAAGUACAUGAUGGCGGGCGCAGCAGCGCUGAGCGCGAGCUCAGUCAGAGUCGAUCUCGAUCACGUCGGGCACGGCGCGGCCGUCGAGGCGGCGCGGCUUGCUCUCGGGCUUGGCCGCCUUGGCCUCGGUCUUGGGCCUUGGUGCGCGGCCGGAGAGCGUCUGUCCGCCGCCAGAGAAGGGAAUCUGCGCA